CUUUAUUGAUUUUUAGGUAUACCGUGCUAACCUCGACGGUAAUAGUAAAGACAAAGGCGAAGUUUACUACAUUACGCCAUCCGGGAAGAAAUUGCGCACGAGGAAUGACAUCGUUAUGGCUCUGCACGAAGGAUUGACGAUGGACAAUUUUACCUUCAUAAAAGAUCCUGUCGGUGGUUCCCCCGAUGAGGAAAUUAUUAGGAGUGCCAAAUCGUAUGGAAGUACCCCUAGACGAUCUAUCAAUUCAGCUCCAGCGCCAGUCCUAGAAACGUCUUCCGACAACAACCUGGGUAAACGCAUUCCAAAGCCGAAAAUGCCCAAAGGAGCCAGUCCACCGCCAACCGGUUCGGCUCGUUCAUCCCUUGGACAAUCCCGCACGCCGCCAACGUCCCGAUCCAAUUCCCAAACUUCACCCAAAUCAGGCGGCGCCGUUGGUGGCCAUCGUGGCGUAGCCGGGAAUUCCGUUGGACAGAAACUGAACGAGAACGCGUUCGGCGCAGCCAAAGCUGGAAAGUUCAAAAGCAAAGUGGAAACGUGCACAAUCCAGUGUCUCCCGGCGAUGGGGAUGAUUCCUCAACUACAGUGCAUCUCUUGUCUAUGCAUGUACCAUCCAGAGUGUGUUGAGGCAACUACGGCUGAAAUUUUAGCCCGAAGAUUUACGUGUAAGAUCUGCAUGGAUGAACAAUCAACUGCUCCGGAUCUCGCGGAAAGCGUGGCACCAUUUGAAAAACCUGCUAUGGCAAAUGUUGCCACUCCAAUGCAACCUUUGGCAACUCAAUCUCUGAAUAAUGGCAACGCAGCUCCUGCUCCAGCAGCUGAUAAACAGAAGAAGCCCACUCCACCACAGCAACCCCCCAAGACAGGUCCUGGUACGCCCAAGAGCGGAGGAAAAGAACCUCCUCCUCAGGAUGUGAUAGUUGUGGGCAAUCAUCAAUUCAUUGUCGUUCCGAAAGGCAAACCAGCCGCUCCGAAAGCUAAAAAGCAAUCCAAACCACCACCAGCACAACAACCGCCAAUUCAGCAGCAACAACAAUCCCUGCCCCAACAACAACCGCUACCACCAGUGCAGUCACCUCCAGCUGUAACGGACGAAAGUCGAAAGUCAGUUGGCAGUGUUCCAGCGAAACAGGCGGCCACUGCCGCCAGUCAAACCACCAGUCGAAGUUUCAUCGCCGCAGAUUUGGCUGCCAUCAGUCAGAACAACAGCGGCAGUGCACGGGCGUCAUCGCUCGCUGCCGGAGUUGAACAGAACAGGCUAUUUGCGUCAAACUUCUUCUCAAACGUGUCGGUCGGGUACGACGUACUCCAGCAAACGUUCCAGUAUCUCAAAGUGCAGGAAUUGCUUCGUGCCAGCUGCGUGUGUCGAAUGUGGAAUCAAGUCGCGAACCACCCUCGAUUGUGGCGAACUGUUCGAAUGAAGAAUUCACAUGUCAAUGAUUGGAGCGGAUUGGCGAACACCCUCCGCAAAAAUGGUACCAAACAUUUGGAUUUGCGAAAGAUGUUGAUCUCUGGCAACAGUGACGAAAUGUGGCACAGGUUUGCGGAAAACAUAUCGCACGUCGAAAACUUAGAACGAAUCGAUCUCUGUCGAUGCUCGUCAACAGUCGUCGGUAAUUUGCUAAAAUCGAAUCCAAACCUGAAGGUGAUCAACGCCCUUGCAAUCAAAAAUGAUCCUCUGGAUUUUUCCAACUUUGAAUACGGACAGCACCUUCAAGAGCUGAGGCUCAAAUCAUCUGCAGCCGUUUCUGUGGACAACGAUCUCUCACAACUAGCUUUUCUCACCAAUCUGCGGCACCUUUCGUUAACGUCGAUUCAAAAACUAGGUUCUACUUCGAUCAAAUCUUUUGAGAAUUUAGUAAAUUUAGAAUCGCUCGAAUUGGGAGAGUGCACAGAAAUUGGACUGAACCUAGCGGAAAUCCUUCCGAAUCUAACCAAGUUGCAACGAUUACGACUGGAGAAAGGUCAGGAAAACUUCAACAUGUUUGCUGUGUUGGAAGGAAUAGCAACACUUCCAGAUCUGAAUCAACUAGAACUGAUCAACUGUGAUGUUAAGGUCGGAUUUGACAAACACAUAAACAAAUGUAAUAAUAUCAAAAAGUUACUCCUGAUUCCGACGUACGUAUCGCAAUCUGCAGCGACAAAUCACAUGGUGCUCAGUGGCAUAGCAAAGUUGCGAGACACGCUGGAGGUUUUCAUUUGGACCGUGACAGUGGAGUUGCUACGAGUGACAGAACUGUACAUAGAUCAAUGUGAUACGAAAAACCGCGACGAAAAGAACAGCCCUGGUGAAAGUAUACCAAUUCUGAAACCGGUGCCGGGGGUAGAUGAGAUUCCAGUUGCCAACAGUUCUAACGCAUCAGAUACCCCGGCGCAGGUCGAAAUCGUCCCCCUCACUACCGUCACCAGCAUUCUCGACCGAUCACUCCCCAAGACAAAGCUGAAAAUAUUGAAGAUUCCAUUUGCCAGCACCUGGAAGCAAGGUAUGAUUGAGCUACCUUAGAUUUGGUGAUUGUGUUCUCGAGAGCCAGUGUGAACCAGAAAUCCCAUCAUUUUAAAUGUAAAAUUUAGAGGUAAAUUAUUCGUAUUAGUUCUAUGUGUAUUCUGUAGUUCCAUCUAGUAGAGGUGUAAGAUGAAGCAUCAGACAAAAGAGGAAGAAUGUGAAUCUUUCUCGCACUGUACAUAAAUCGCAUUGUCUUUAGCUGUCCGAUUGGUCGUCGGAUUUCUUAUCAGUGUCCGCCGUUUUACGCGGCUUUACUUUAGAUUCGAGCGAAAAUUAAUCUUAUCGAUUCCUAUAGUUGUCUGUCGGAUCAGAUAGACAAACUUGAUGAGUUGUUGAUUGGGUAAAGAUUUUAUCAAAAACUGUUGAAACACAAAAACAAUAAGGCUUUUAUUAAAUAUCUGCUUCAAUGUGUUUUUAUCAUUUUAGUUCGAUAGAAGCAAACUUCUAGAAUAUUUUCGACUUUAUGAUGUAUAAAAUUCUACUUAGGUUUACGACAUUCAUUGCUUUCCCAUCACGUGCAUCUUCUACGGUUGAGUAAGUUGAGCAAAAGAAUAAACAUAAAGCUAUGUUUAGGCAUAUAA